AUCUCCCCUUAAUUAGGGUCUUCCCUUAAUUGAGAUCUCCCUUUAACUGGGAUCUUCCCUUGUUUGGGGUCUCCCUUUAAUUGGGAUCUCCCUUUAAUUGGGGUCUCCCCUUAAUUGGGAUCUUCCCUUAAUUGGGGUCUUCCCUUUAAUUGAAAUCUCUCUUUAACUGGGCUCUCCCAUUGUUUGGGCUCUCCCCUUAAUUGGGACCUCCCCUUAAUUGGGGUCUGCCCUUGGCCAGGGAGGGGAAAACUCCGCACUUCGGGUGAGUUCAGCACCUCAGGAAAGAAUUUCCUUCCUUCAGGAGGUGAAGUUUGCUCCGGGCUGUUCCAAGUGGCCGCGACAGAAAAACGAAAGAAAUCCGGGGGGGAUCCAAAAGCUCCAAACCCGGAGGGCUGAAAAUGAUCAAAAUCCGAGAGGAUCCCAAAAAACCACCCCAAAAUCCGAGCGGGGAUCCAAAAAAUCAAAAUCCGAGGGGAUCAGAGGCAGUCCCGGAGCGCUGCGUGGGUCGGAGGAGGGCUCAGGAGGGCAGGUGCUUCCUUAAUUCUUCCCGAAAACAGAAAUAUCCACGGGAACGGUGCGAUCCUCGCCGACAUCCCGUGCAAUUCCGGGAUAAUCCCGGUGGGAAAAUCCCCUUUUAAAGCGCGACUCGGCGACCGCCGUGCGGCAACUCCCAGCCGCCGACCCCGAAAGGGUUAAGGAGCCGCGCUCGGGCCCUGCCGGGCGGAAAUCGUCCAAGUUCAAGCCGCGCUUCUCCCGCAUGAAUUCCAGCCGGGAGCCGGGAAGGAGCCGCCGGGAUGGCCGGGACCUGCCGCGAUUCCCACUUUUAUUACUACGGCAUCAAAUUCGCGCUCUCCGCCUACGCCACGCUCUUCUCGAUCCUGGGGCUGCUGAUCCUGAGCGUCGGGAUCUACGCCGAGGUGGAGCGGCAGCGGCACAAAACCUUGGAAGGGAUUUUCCUGGCUCCGGCCGUGCUGCUGCUCCUGCUGGGAGUGACCGUGUUCCUCGUGUCCUUCGUGGGAAUGGUCGGGAGCCUCCGGGACAACCGGACGCUGCUGAAGGUGUUCUUCUGGGUGCUCCUGCUGAUCUUCCUGACGGAGCUGCUGCUCAUCUUCAUCGAGAUCAUCUUCGAGAACAAGAUGAACGAGGUUUUCCACUCCAACAUCCAGGCGGGAAUCCGGCACUACUACGAUGACCUGGACUUCAAGAACAUCCUGGAUUUUGUGCAGGAAAAGUUUUCCUGCUGUGGAGGGGACGAAUUCCGGGAUUGGGAAGUGAACCAGUACCACUCCUGCAACGGCAGCGGGGCCCUGGCCUGCGGGGUGCCCCAUUCCUGCUGCAUCCGCAGGGUGCCCGGGGGAGUGGUGAACACCCUGUGCGGGUACCGGACCCUGGACAAGGAGCGCCUGGAGCUGCUCGGCACCAUCCACGUCCGGGGCUGCAUCCACGCCGUGGGGCUCUGGCUCAAGGACAACUUCGAGGCCACCUUGGCCAUCGUCUGCUCCCUGCUGCUGCCACAGGUGCUGGGGCUGGCCAUGGCCUGGCUCUACUGGCAGCAGCUCAACGAGAUCCAUUCCCGCCUGGAUUCCGUGGAUUUCCGGCUCCUGGAGACGCGGGAUCUGAGCUUCGCCUCGCUGGAUCUCAGUGGCGCCGGCUGGUGCUGGUGCCUGCCUCGGGAAGGCGGAUACAUCCCGGUAAAUCCCGGGAAUGAGGAGGAGGAGGAGGAGGAGGAGGAGGAAGGCGCCGCCAGCCACAGCAAAGUGUGAGGAGCAGGAGGAGCGCUCGGAGCUGGGAAUGUGGGAAAAAUGGGAAUUUCCUCCUCGGCUCCUGAAGUUUCUUUGGGAAAACUGUAAAAAAGUCGGAAUUUUCUCCUCAGCUCCCGAAGUUUCUUUGGGAAAACUGUAAAAAAGUGGGAAUUUCCUCCUCAGCUCCUGAAGUUUCUUUGGGAAAACUGUAAAAAAAUGGGAUUAUUCUCAGCUCCUGAAAUUUCUUUGGGAAAACUGGAAAAUACCAUUGGGAAUUCCUAAACCCCUCCCUGGACUGUGAGGGCAGAGCUCCCCAGGGCUCCCCUGGGCCUCUGGAGGGGUUGUGGGGGGAUUUGGGUUAUUUUUCCCAAUAAACGGAAUUUCUGUUGUGUUUUCCAAGGU